CUCCCCGUGCCUAAAUCCACAUCGCCGAACCCUUUUCUCCCGACGCCUCCUCCCCUCUCUACGCCAGCCCUCUUCAUCUUCCCUGAAACCCGAUCUCCUUCCCCCAACCCGACGGCGCCACCCUCAUUUCCUCUUCUCCCACGAGUACAAAACCUAUCCCUCUCCCUUGCGUCGUCGCCCUUCCAUCCUUCUCCACCUCACGCUGACCCCCCUUCCAAUCUCCCUGUGCGUAGCUGCCGACCACCACAGGCCCACAAUCAGUCAUCGCAGCCAGAAGUCGACCGUCACGACCCGACAUCGAUCGCUAGAAGCCGAUUACCAUCUUCUCCCCCGAUGCGUCGCCAAUGUCGAUCGACGGUUGGUCUCGUGCCCUAGUCGUUCCUCUUCACUAUUGGCUGCUGUGGGCCGACGCCGGAGCAUAGUCGUCUCUGUCUCCGUCUGAGCCCAACUCAAUCAUCGGUCACCUCUCUUUCGGCCAUAGGAAGACCCAACCUAUAACACUAUGACCCUGUUGAAUUUCUUCCACAACCUUCUCCGGUAAGCAAUUUCUGGUAGCUGCUCAUCCUUGCCGUGGGUCAUCAGGGAUGACUUUGUAUUGAGAUUGUCACCGGUACAAGGGAGAUAUUGUUGAAUUUUCCUCUGGCAGAGACUCCUCUGAGACAUGAUAAAGGGCAACUCUAAACUCCUUGCAGCCUUAUAAAUUCACAUAACUUGAAAUGAGUCUAAUCGAAUCUAUCUAGGUUUAUCAAUGGAUUUUGAUCCUGUGGAUUCUGUGAUCGAUCUAGAUAGUCGGAGCUAUAAAAGUGCCGGCGGCGGCAGUGGACGAAGAGAACGAGAACCGAGAAGGACGACGACGGCUGGCGCACGCCUCUCUCGAUUUACCCGCUGAGAGUCGCAACGCUCCGAAUCGAGACCAUGGCUGCCGCACUCCUGGUACAGAUUUAAAUCCUGAGAUCCAAAUUUGAGUCCUCCCUUAAUUUCCGGAUCUGCGACGGAGGAAUGGGGAUCGCCUCGCAGGACGCGUCGGAGCAGCUCUCCGCCCUCAUCGAUCAACUGGAUGCGAAGCUCAAGCAUACAUUUCAGAAUAUGCACCAAGGGAACCCAAAACAUACUUUGGCGCGCUUUCUCAAGGCUAGAGAGUGGAAUGCGCUUAAAGCAAAUAAGAUGCUGGUGGACUGUUUAAACUGGAGGAUGCAAAACCAAAUUGAUGAUAUAUUGUGUAAACCUAUAACCCCGGCAAACCUAUACAGAGGGAUACGUGACUCGCAACUUAUGGGCUUGUCAGGAUAUACAAAGCAGGGUGUUCCUGUCUUUGCAAUAGGUGCCGGUCUCACUACAUUUGACAAAGCGUCUGUUAACUAUUACAUACAAUCACACAUUCAGAUGAAUGAAUACCGAGAUCGUGUAGUAUUGCCUGCUGCAAGUAGGAAGCAUGGGCGAUACAUUGGCACUUGUUUCAAAGUUUUGGACAUGACUGGUUUGAAGUUUUCAUCCUUGAGCAAUCUAAAGUUAGUAUCUCUCAUGGCUACUAUCGAUGACUUGAAUUAUCCAGAGAAGACGGAGACUUAUUAUAUUGUCAAUGCUCCGUAUAUAUUUUCAGCUUGUUGGAAGGUUGUGAAACCACUUCUGCAAGAAAGAACCCGAAGGAAAGUCCAAGUAUUGGAUGGUUGUGGCAAAGAUGAGCUAUUGAAGAUAAUGGACUAUGCUUCCCUUCCCCAUUUCUGUAAAAGGAAUGGCUCCAGAUCAUCUCGCUAUUCUUCUUUGGAUUCAGAUGACUGCUACUCCUUCGAUCAUCCCUUCCACCAAGAAUUCUACAAUUACAUUGUGCAACAAGCGAAGUCCAAGAACAACGAAUCGCUCAUCAAGCAUGGUUCACUUCAUGUAGACGUGCCUGAACCAGACCCGGAGGGAAUAGAGAUCAUAAACACAAUAGAGUCCGAGCUCCACAAGAUCGGGAACCAGAAUGGAGUAACCCGGUCAUUGAGCGGGCUGAAGAUCGUUUGAGGGCGCUUUGCUUGUGGUUUUUUGCAACCACAUUUGUUAUAACAGUUUGGCAUACAGUUGUGAACUAAUUGUGAACUACUGAAGUUAGAUCGUUCGGUUAUGAAGGGAUGCCUUCGAAGCCUUGUGAACGAGUAAAGCUAGAUCAUUAGACUGACAAAGAGCUUUCACAAAGUGAGUGUAUGAUUCUGUCCGAAAAUCGUGAAGAAGGCUCAUUGGGGAUGUGA